AUGGUCUUCUACGCCUACGCCACCUCUGGGGGCUUCGCUGUCUGGCUCAUCACGGCCAAGGACAAGGACACUCUCGAUGCAUGGUUCCGUGCCAUGGAAACCUCACAGUUCGGAAACAUCGCACGAGUCAACGCCGAAUGGUACCGGUACCAAAACUUCCGCAUCGAGCAUUCAACCACCGACCAUCACCUCGCUCAGAGAUUUGACGGUCUGAUCCUCUUUAAGCCCUUGUAUGGCUACAAUGAUUCGUGGCACAUGAUCAAUAACGGGCCUUUUGUGGAUUGCUUUCAAUACAACUGGUACUACAUCCGCUCCAAGAAAUACAAAUCUCUCUAUUGGGACGUGCAACGCAAGUCAGAGACGGAAUCACUUCAGGUCUACGCCAGCACCAAAUCUCGCGCUCGAUUCCAUGCCAUUAAAAGACUCUGUCCGAAUUACGCGCCCUCUCCGGCAGAUCAACGCAUCAUUGGCGACGAUCGUAUGUAUCUUCAGCAUGCCUCCGGUUCGGUGUCGUUCAUAAGGAACGCCAAGGGAUUCUUCAUAUUGACCAUAUCCUGUAUCCAGUGUCAUUUCAGCAUAAGCAAGCUCAGUACCAGUUUUGCUCCACAGCCUGACGACCGCAUUGCCUAUAUCCCAGGUUGUGGUGCGGAAUGGGAGCUGGUGUAUUAG